CAGCCGCUCCUGUGAUGGAGUGAGAGGAGAUGGAGUGAGAGAGAUGUAGGAGUGAUGGAGUUGGAUUACUGUUUCCAGAGGAGCAAGUCUAGGGGAGGAGGAGGAGGAAACCGGAGCAACAGGAGGAGAACCUGAAAGACCAGCAGCAAACCCCUGGAAAAAGAGGAAAAGGGCGAAUACUGAAACAAGACAAGGAGAAUUGAGGGCAACUUUUUAACUGCUCCUGGAUCAGUUUCUGUUCUUUAACCCUCCAUGGAUCUGUCCCAUCCCUCACCUCUGAGCAGGGAGAGGAGGAGACCGGAGGAGGAGACCAGGGAAGAAGGAGGUAGACACUGAAGUGUCACCCUUGUUCUGGAUCCUGAGCAAGUGCUUGAUAUCCACAUCUGCCAAAGCUUCACAUCUGGAUCAGUUUCCAUCUUCAUCAACCUGAAAGGAAGUGAAACAAUUUUCAGAACAGGGAUUUGAGAUCUGGACCCAUGGUCACUCCUACAGGUGAGGAAGCGGCAGCAAGGUGAAGGAGAGUCCAGGUUUGGGUGAAGGAUGUUCACGGAUGAAGAAGCUGGAGGUAAAUUUGGAUGACAGCUGACCGUACAGGCAGUGAGCUGCCAUCAUGUCCAUGCCUCGAGGGCAUCCAACCACCUCUGCUUGGCCUCCUCUCUUCACCCUACUCCUCCUCAUUGCUUCCUCACACGCUCGUCCUCUCCUCAUACACUCCUCCAUCAAUGUGGCAGUGGUCUUCAGCGGCUCCAGCUACCAGAGCGAGGUCAGGGGUCGGCUCAGUGGCGAGAACUUUGUGGACCUGCCGGUGGUGGUCAGUCCUGUGACUGUGCUGGUCAAUGACACCAACCCUCGUGACCUCCUGACCCGUCUCUGCGACACCAUGGCGACAGAGAAGCUUCAUGGUGUGGUGUUUGAGGAUGACGUGGGCUCUGGAGUUGAUCAUCAGGUGGCAGAGGUGGCACAGAUCCUGGACUUUCUCUCCACUCAAACAGCUCUGCCCAUCGUGGGAAUCAGUGGCGGCUCCGCCGUCGUCAUACCGUACAAGGCCGAGGGAUCAUCUUUUCUUCAGAUGGGAGCUUCUCUGGAGCAGCAGGUCGUCUGCAUGUUUAAGCUAAUGGAGGAGUACGACUGGGGAGAGUUUGCCGUCAUCACCAGCUUACUUCCUGGAUAUGACACUUUUGUGGACAUUGUCGAGUCGUACACAGAUACGUCCUACUUUCUCUGGAUUCUUCAAGACGUCUUGACUCUGGAGAUGUCCGUCGGAGCCAAUGAAGUCCGGACCAAGAAGAUGCUUCAGCAGUUGGAUUCUCAAGUCCUCCUGGUCUACUGCUCCUUUGAAGAGGCACAGUACUUGUUUCGCCAGGCGUCGGAAGCGGGCCUAGUGGGUCCAGGUUACAUCUGGAUCCUCCCCAGCUUAGCUGUGGGCAACCCUGAGAUCCCACCACCUGUCAGCUUCCCUGUCGGCGUGAUCGGCGUCAUCACAGACCAGUGGAGGAAGAGCCUGAGGCAGAGGGUGCGGGAGGGAGUCGCCAUAGUUGCCAAGGGAGCAGAAAGCUUCAAGAAGCAUCACGGAUUCAUUCCUGAAGGACACGGCGAUUGCAGCAAGCCGGCAAAAUACUCCAACAACAACACCCUGUUCAGGCACAUGCUGAACGUCACCUGGGAGAGGAAAGACCUGUCCUUCAACAGCCAAGGUUUCCUGUCCAACCCGUCCAUGGUCAUCGUGGCGCUGGACCGAGAGCGACUGUGGGACAAGGUGGGAACCUACGGUCGGGGAAUCCUACAGGUCCGCUAUCCCGUCUGGCCCCGCUAUGGCAACUUCUUGGAGCACGUGUCCGAUGAUCGGCACCUGACGGUGGCCACGCUGGAGGAGCAUCCUUUUGUCAUGGUUGAGAACGUGGAUCCAGGGACUGGGACCUGCGUACGCAACACUGUACCCUGCCGUCGCCAGUCAAACCACUCUGAGAGUAUAAUUGGCCACUCUGAGUCAUACACGAAACUGUGCUGCAAAGGGUUCUGCAUCGACAUCCUCAAGAAACUGUCACGUACUAUCAAGUUCUCCUAUGACCUAUACCUGGUGACCAAUGGGAAACACGGCAAGCUGGUGAGAGGAAUCUGGAACGGAAUGAUCGGAGAGGUGGUUUAUGGACGUGCUGACAUGGCCAUUGGUUCACUCACUAUCAACGAGGAGCGCUCAGAAAUUAUAGACUUCUCUGUCCCGUUUGUUGAGACUGGAAUAAGCGUGAUGGUCGCCCGUAGCAACGGGACUGUCUCCCCGUCUGCUUUUCUUGAACCAUACAGUCCAGCUGUCUGGGUCAUGAUGUUUGUGAUGUGCCUCACUGUCGUGGCAGUAACAGUCUUUGUGUUCGAGUACUUCAGUCCAGUCGGAUACAACCGCAGUCUGGUUAGCGCCAAAGCUCCCGGAGGUCCGACUUUCACCAUCGGGAAGUCAGUGUGGCUUCUUUGGGGUAUCGUCUUCAACAACUCUGUCCCCAUUGAGAACCCUAAAGGCACCACCAGCAAGAUCAUGGUGCUGGUCUGGGCCUUCUUUGCUGUCAUCUUCCUGGCAUCCUACACGGCUAAUCUGGCUGCCUUCAUGAUCCAGGAGCAGUACAUCGACACUGUCUCAGGACUCUCCGACAAAAAGUUCCAGAAGCCUCACGAGCACUAUCCCCCAUUCCGAUUUGGGACGGUUCCAAAUGGCAGCACAGAGAGAAACAUCCGGAGUAACUACCUGGACAUGCACUCGCACAUGAUGAAGUACAACCAGAAGGGGGUGGAGGAGGCGCUAGAGAGCCUGAAGACUGGGAAACUGGACGCCUUCAUAUACGACGCUGCUGUCCUGAACUACAUGGCGGGAAAAGACGAGGGUUGUAAACUGGUGACCAUUGGCAGCGGGAAAGUCUUUGCCACCACUGGCUAUGGCAUUGCACUGCAGAAAGACUCGCGUUGGAAGCGACCCAUUGACCUGGCGCUCCUCCAGUUCCUUGGAGAUGGUGACACUCAGCGCCUGGAGACUGUUUGGCUGUCGGGCAUCUGCCAGAAUGAGAAGAACGAGGUGAUGAGCAGCAAAUUGGACAUCGACAACAUGGCAGGUGUUUUCUACAUGCUGCUGGUGGCCAUGGGUCUGAGUCUGCUGGUGUUUGCCUGGGAACACCUGCUCUACUGGAAGCUGAGACACGCGGUCAAGAAGUCUCACAAGCUGGACUUCCUGCUGGCCAUCAGCCGGGGUAUCUACAGCUGCUUCAAUGGGGUGGAGGAUGUGGGUCGCCCGCCCGGCUUCACCAAGCCAGAUCUCACGACCAACUAUGCUCAAGCGAACAUGCUAAAGAUGCUGCGCACGGCUAAAGACUUGGUCUCAACUGCCAAUGUGGAGAGUUCUCUGGACAACGCCACCAAGACCAUCAAGCACCUGAGCCGGCACAGCGGCACGCUGCCUGUUCGCGUGCCACCGGUCGCAACAGAGACUGUGCCGGGAGGAUUUGCUUAUGUGAUGGAGAACCACGUCACACUCCCACAGCGCUCACUCACACCACCGCUGAAGCACCAGAGAGUGGUGAACCGACCAACUCCGCUCCGCUAUACCCUGCCCACGCGCUCUACUUCUUGUCUCUAUGACCGACCACUUCCAGUUUCCAGCCUGAGUACCCCGCACUUGGCGGUCGGAGAGCCACUGCCUCAUCAUCAGUACCAGACGACAGGAAGGCUGUACAUCGACCCACACUCACAGUUCUACUCAUACACAGACCUGCAACUGCCAGACCUCUACACAACCCAUCCACUCUCCUCACUCCCAAAUCAAGAGGUUGACCCAAUCUUAUCCCGGCGGAAAAAGAGGUCGAAGAGUUUCCAGUGUGACAACAUUGACCAGAUGAAGAACGAGAAAGCCCCCAUGUGUCUGAGUGAGCUGAAGGCGAACAACCUGCAGGAAAACCAUGUCUCUGACAACAGCUACCUACCGAACCUUACCAGCCCUCGUGUGGAGAACUACGGAUCUUGGCCUCCAGAAGACCUGGUCUUGAGAGGAAGACGCAGACACAGAAGACCAUCCUUCCUCAAAGCCACCUGGGGUACGGAGCAGAACCAUCAGUUGGAUGACUCGCAGUCGUCUCUCUCCAGCCAGUCACCGACAACCUUGCCAGACCUUUUUCCCGGAACCACGCCAACUAAACCUUACAACCCGGCCCAGCUUCGCAACAAUCUGUGCCUCCCACGGAACCAGGCCUACCUCCACAUACGGGAGGACCACCGCAGGCCCAACGGGCGCAAAGGCCACAGGCUCAGAUACUCACAGUCGACCCAUCUCCCCUCGUAUGGGGAAGCUUUGCGUCACGGCACUGGGUUUGGGCGGGGGAUGGUACGGAGGGCCACCAGCCUGCUCAGCAGACAAUAUGCCCACUACCUGAACUCCUACCCGGGACUACCGCUCUAUCAUGGUCCUCAGGACCUGCAGAACCACAGCCAGACUUCCAACCCAGUCUGCCAGCUGUUAGCCUGCGGUGGUGGUCGCUGUGGGAGCCAGCGAGCCUUGCUCUACCAGGACAGUGUCUAUGGAGGUUAUGGGGUUUACCAGGGAUCCAGGACUGGAUCAGAGGCCCAAAUCAGUCAGGUGGCUGGAGUGCAGACUUCUGGGAGUCCUUGCGUGCUGCGGCCUUGGAGAAGAGUAUCCAGUUUGGAAUCAGAAGUCUGAAAACAAGUUUUUUUUUAGAUGUUGCAAUUUGUCAUGUGUCUAGUGCAGUGAACUCACAGGAUGUUGCCCAUUUUAGGACAUUCAGGACUCUUUGUUGAUUACAAGGCUUGAAUUCUUAGAGCGACCAACCUCCCGGGAUUGUGCCCGAAGCAGGUUUUACUCUCUUGCUGCUUUCCUACGAGCUCUCUGGCACCACCUGGUUAGCUCACUGGCCGAGGUACCAUCGCGUUUGUAAAUAUUCGCUCCACUGUGGACGGAAGUUGGUGUCGGGUUUUGUAGAGCAUUAUACAGCCGAGAUGAACGUAAAUGAGACACCAAACACUGUUGCCAUGACAAUGUGACACAUUCGAACCAAAUCAAAAUUCACAUAAAUCCAUAUUAUUAAAGCUGAGGUUUUUGACAACAAUUUAAUUUUCAAUUGAGACUUUGAUAUGAUGGCCGGUCUUCACUGUGUAUUAUUUUAAUCUGCAACUGAUCUACGUUUUCAUAGGUGUGACAAAUUCUGACUGCACCUCUCAAGUUUAAGACGUUUCAUCCCUUUAUUUGGAAUUUCCUUCUUUAAAUCUUCCAGUUUUCAUCACAUCAGUGACUGCUGAAUUAAUAUUUUCAGCUGACAGAUCAUCACCAUUUCUCAUCUCAUUAUUUAGACAUUUCUUGGGGGAAGUUUCUGCCUGUCAGUUCAGAUUGUAUCCACACGUAACUCGAACUUUUCUUCUCAUGACUGGGACAAAAGCAGCAAUGCUCUUGUUUCAGUUCAAUGUCAAGCUGAACUUGCAGAAUGAGAAUAGUUGUGCCCCAAAAUUCAAUCUUGAAUUGGUUUGAGUGUAAAUGUCACUUUGUCAUGGGCGGAGGGAAUCUGUCCACGUGAACACAGUCUGCAAAAAAAAUGGGUGGGACCACUGACAUCAGCCUGGACCAGCACCUGGUGUCUUAAUCACGGACUCUGGUUCUUCUCUGGUUCUGGAGAACUGCAGCACAAACUCGCUCAGACGACAUUAUCAAGAGCUAGAGUCUUAUUUAUGUGUCAAACUCACGUAUUCUACAUAUUAGAGGAAUUUAUAGUCACAAUUUUUAAUCACGUUAUUAUGAUGGUAUUGUUUUUCACUCUUGGUCAUCAUCAUCAUCAUCAUCAUCAUCAUCGCCAGCAUUUGUGCUUUAAAUUGAAAUUGAUUGAGACUGAAUAGAUUCAAAGUUUGUUCCUGUAUCUAACGGCCCCUGACAUGUAACCAAACAUUUAAAUCCAUUAAA